AUUAAAGCUUUUUUUUCCUCCUGAUUUUAAUCGGGUGGGGGGGCAAUUCGCUCCCAGCGGGAGGUGCGGCCCGGGAGGGGCCAGGAGCGGGAACGUGCCCGGUAUUGCCCAGUCUUUGUCUGCCGCCUCCGGAUGCACAGCGAUGGGGGAAUGGACCAUCUUGGAGAGGCUGCUGGAAGCCGCGGUGCAGCAGCACUCCACUAUGAUCGGGAGGAUCCUGUUGACUGUGGUGGUGAUCUUCCGGAUCCUCAUUGUGGCCAUUGUGGGGGAGACGGUGUACGAUGAUGAGCAGACCAUGUUUGUAUGCAACACCCUGCAGCCCGGCUGUAACCAGGCCUGCUAUGAUCGCGCCUUCCCCAUCUCCCACAUACGAUACUGGGUCUUCCAGAUUAUAAUGGUGUGUACCCCCAGCCUCUGCUUCAUCACCUACUCUGUGCACCAGUCUGCCAAGCAGCGAGAACGCCGCUACUCUACUGUCUUCCUAGCCCUGGACAGAGACCCCCCUGAGUCCAUGGGAGGUCCUGGAGGAACGGGUGGUGGGAGCAGUGGCAGUGGCAAGAGAGAAGAUAAGAAGUUGCAAAAUGCCAUUGUCAAUGGGGUACUGCAGAACACAGAGACCACCAGCAAGGAGACAGAGCCGGAUUGUUUAGAGGUUAAGGAGCUGACUCCACACCCAUCAGGGCUCCGUACUGCAGCACGGUCCAAGCUCCGAAGGCAGGAAGGCAUCUCCCGCUUCUACAUUAUUCAAGUGGUGUUCCGAAAUGCCCUGGAGAUUGGAUUUCUGGUGGGCCAGUACUUUCUCUAUGGUUUCAGUGUCCCAGGGUUGUAUGAAUGUGACCGCUAUCCCUGCAUCAAGGAAGUGGAGUGUUAUGUGUCCCGGCCUACUGAGAAGACCGUCUUUUUAGUGUUCAUGUUUGCUGUGAGUGGAAUCUGUGUGGUGCUCAACCUGGCUGAACUCAACCACUUGGGAUGGCGCAAGAUCAAGCUGGCUGUGCGAGGGGCCCAGGCCAAGAGGAAGUCAGUCUAUGAGAUCCGCAACAAAGACCUGCCCCGAGUCAGUGUUCCCAAUUUUGGCAGGACUCAGUCCAGCGAUUCUGCCUACGUGUGAGGGAGCAGUCUUUGAGAAGGCCUGGAGUACAUAAUAAUGCAGAUAACUUGCUCAAGUAUCUGCCCUCAUUUAGGUGACUCUCACCAUUGAGAUGUAGACUAAGGUUGGAUAAGAGAAGAUCUUGUAUCAGUGGAAGAGGGAAGAAGAUAGAACCAUUGCCGAUGGCCACAGUCCUGGUUGCACAAAGACAGCCAGGUAGAAUCAUGAGAUGGAUGAGUUGCACUUCUUUGGACCUUUUUAUUAUGUGACUCAGUCUAUUCUUGACAACUGUGGACCUGCACAGCUACCAAAUGGUACUUAACUCUGCUGAGGUCUAUAUCUGGUGAAAGGUGUGAUUCAAAUACUUCAUUGGCACAAAAUGUGUGACCUAUCUCAGUACAUCAUUCCAUCUUGGGCUGUAGGAAAUCAUCCCUGAGGCACUUUUCUUGUACCUCUCCAUCAGCAUGCCCCAAUUCCUCAAUCCAGGAUAGCAUGCCAGCUUUUUUCCUUUCAGAAUCUGGCCUUACUGCAUACCUAGUAUGGUUUCUCUGCAAGCUAGGGAGAAUGACAUGGGGUGCUUUUUGAAAAAUGACUAUGAAGAGGUUUGCAUUAGAGCCCCAUCUGACUAGCCCUUAGUCAUUAUGAAAACUUUAGGAAUGUCUCAGUAUCUCCAAUUUUCUAACUCAAACUGCACUGGUGCUCUUUAUUAGGGGCAGGGGUUGGGUGGGAGGGAGGGAAUUGCAAUAUGCAACUGUAACACUUCUGUAAGAUGGUUUGUUGCACUGUUAGGCAUGUGGUUAUAAGCUUUGGGAUAUUUCUGCCUUCCAUCUUGUGGACUCUGGAUAGCAUUAAAAGUUUAUUUUUUGUUCAUAUCAUGGGUGUCCACCCAAGGACGGAAUUUUUAAUGGAUACGUUUCCCUUGUUUUCUUACAUCAUUUUGUUGUGCAACACAGCUGCACUUCGUUUUGCCAUGGUUUGAAUUUACCUGUGUGCUCACACCACAGACCUUAAUCAGCCGUGUCAAACCUGGUUUAUUAUUUUUGUUGGUUAUUUUUGAGACACAAACAUGAGCAUAAGAAACCUAGAACUAAACACUAUUGACUAACAGGUGUUUACGGAUGCUUAUUUGAGACAUAUACCAAAGGUCAAAAGCCUAUUGUUUUGGACUGUGAAUAAGUUCUGUUCUCCUUGCUCUUAUUUAUUUAAGUGCCAUAACUGAACCUUUCAUGUUCACUGUGUAUUUAGUUUAAGCAUUGGCCAAUAGUAUAUUUGGAUGAUGUGCUUUUAUGGAGUUCUCUGUUUCCUUUGCAUUAUCUUUAUAAUUUUUGAUUUAGAGAUGUAAAUGGUGUACCACAAAACUGAGGAUUUGUUAAAAAUAAAGUUCUUGCCUUUUUUGUAAAAUGGGAAGUCUUCAUUUUACUCUUUUUAUUAGGGUUAUAAUUAAAUAUAUGUUCAAAAUGUUUUGUUGCUUAUUUAUAAGAGCAUAAUAUUCAGGGCAGGAAGUAAGGGAUGAAUGAAUAGUAUUUGAAGGAAGACCAAUAAAGUCCAAUUAACCUCUAAUAGAUGAGAGGAAGCUAGUGCAUUUUAUGUUUAAACAGAGUGUAAUGAGAUAUUCUAAUAAUAUUUACUAACUCUUUUCUAUCUUAGCCCAAGAUUUCUCUGCUUAUCUGAAGAUAUUCCAUGUAAUAAAAUGUCAAUUCUUUAUAAUAUUA